UCGGUUUUCACCACACCCAACCAAGACUGGAUCCCCGAGUUUGCUAUCGCACACCGAGAGAUCACGACGUACGCGGACGGCCGCUGGGGGCGCCACGAGUACUCUCGCUGGCCACAGGCGUAUUCCCGAGAUUGCCUCCACGUGGCAUGUAUACCAAGCAGGCCCUCCACUUCCAACGGUCCAUCUACCGUCUUAUGGCGCACCAUCACACCCGAAGACUGGAUACUGGAGAAAUGCGGUGUCAGCGGCCUCGGCUUCCUCGCCAAAGAACGCAUGAAAGAGAUCGAGGACGAAGCAUCCGCUGCAAUCGGGCGUUUUUCGCGUCGCCGCCGUCAGGACAAGCAGUGGACCCAGGUCGGAAAGCUCCUCGUAAUCUGUCUCCGCCACGUAAUAGACAGGCUACACAAUAUCCCCGCCUCCAAAGUCGUCGUGAUCUCCCUCGCGGCACACGCACAGCGCCUGAUCCUCGAGCUCGCAGGGCUGCACGUCCUGCUGAACACCGUUCUCGGGCGCAUCGAGUCGCAGGAGAACCACCAAUCCGAGGUACUCGCCGUGCUCGGGGCGCACACGUCGGACCCCAGCAUCGCGCAAGUGCUGUUCGAAGCUGGCAUACCUGUCUGGUUUCAACAGCUGCUCACCGAUCGCCUGAACGUGUUUAAGGUAGUGACCAAGACGGACAUUCCGCCCGAGUUCUCCACGAUACCCUCGUAUCCCCGCCUCGUCCUUGCGCAAAACGACACCUCAGGGGUUCUCAAUACGCCUGGCGCGUGGAUACCCGCGAUGAACGCGAUCGUCAGACAACAGCUGUGUGGCUCUAGCCUUCCGGAGGUGUCGCACGAGGAGCCAUCGGGCGAGCGGCCGUCCAAACGAGCUCGUGAAGAACCAUCCCAAGGGAAGGACUCUGAGAACUGUACCUCAUCUAAGACGGUGGGCGAUGAGCCCGCGUCGAUGGCAUCCUCGCGCCCGGCUCAAAAACCGUUCUUCAUGAACCCCUUCCGCCAAUUCUACCCGUCUCACACCGUCUCCACCGCGGACGCCUGGUCCAAGGCGCUCAGAAACGCGGGACCCCUUCCGCAGCCCGCGCAAUCUGCCACGUUCUACCACCCUCCUCCGUGGCUCCUGGACUCUCUGGUCGAGUACGACAGCAACCCGAACAGAAUCGCCCGCAACCUCCACCACCUCAUCUCGAUCCGCACAUUCUGCCGCUUACGCCUCUUCGACUACACCAUCGCCGGCCUCCCUCUCACCUCCGCCGAAUGGCGCGACGCACUCUUCGGUGAAUACAACUUCGAGGUGACCCAAGGGAGUGGCGACACUACGAAUAACACGGUAGUGCGGCACAAGCUCAAGCAGACUGUCGUCCGCUUCUUCGGCAAGAUCCCCCGCCUACAUUCGUACGACCCCUCCUCCGCGCCCGAGCUCGCGGGCCGCACCGUAACGUACGAAGCCGCGCUCACGGACAAGGAGAUCCAGGGCCGCCUCGUGUGGGAGGCACAUGAAGUCAACUGGCGGUGCGAGCUGCUCGCGCUGGACGCGCUGAUGGUGGGGUCGAAGGGCUGGUCGGAGUUGGAGCGGUGGGUGCGCGAGGCGGACGUCUCGCGCGUGUGGGGCCCGGGCUCCUCUGGGAUGGAUAUUGCACCGCGUGAGGGGGAUAUGGAGCGGUUUUGUUGGAGCGUGCCUGGGGAACCGGGGUGGGAGGGGUGUAGAGAGCGGCUGCAGGCCUUUUUGGAGGUCUUGGGCCGCUGGGAGGGAUGUCCGGCCGAGUUGACCAAGCCUUCCGACGCGGCGCUCAGAUGUGAGGCGGCGGAGUACGUUCGGUUGAUGGAGUGCGCGGUUGAGUUUUACGUGCGUACCUUUAUUGCGAAGUACCAGCGUCUUCCUAUUCCGCCU